AUGGUUGGCAAGGCAGAACAAAUAAGUUGUGAUACAAUGGGACCAUUUCAAGACCAGAAUCAGAUGAUGGAAUUUUUAGACGAGUCGACCGGUGGAUCGUCUCUCAGAGACAGUCCAAAUAUGUUUGAAGAGGAACAGUUGAGACUUGAGUCGGCUUUUUCCGAGGUCAGCUUUGGUGAUGACUGUACAGACGAAGGUCGUUUGUCUCGUGCUUUACAAUCGUGGAUGCCGGAUCAUCAGUUCUCAAGUAUCAAACCGAUGGAGAAACCCCCACUGCAGCCAAUCUAUAGCGGACGUCUGGGUGAACACCAGCAUCUAAAACGGUCCUCUAGCGAGGAUUCCAUCGUCACUAAACUCUCCUUAUUCUCUUGCUCCUCUGGUCAGAACAAGGAAGAGGAAGAAGUAGCAGCCAUUCGGAAAAGAAGAAAGAAGAAAAAGACAGUCGCUUCGACAGUAAAGGACGAGGAUGUCCUUACGUGGGAAAAACUCAAUGUGAUUUACAGAAAUAAAAGUGGAGCGUUCUCGAGCUUCAUGAAGACACGGAAUGCGAUAACCAUGGAUACAUUUACGGGUCAAGAAACAAAGGAAUCGGACAUACAACAACUGUUGGAUCCAGUGGAAAAAGUCGCCAUGGCACGCGUCGGGAGAACUGAAGGAAUUCAUCUCACAUCCGAUAUCAAAAAAAGUGGCAGUAUGACGAAUAUUGACGAAUCUUCUUCACCAAUGGUCGUACCAACAUCCAGAGCCAAAGCGCCCCGAGUGGGAUCCGCAGGUACGAAACCAACAAGUAAAGCUAUCAAUCUGGAGGAAAUACGACAACAACAGGUAAAUGAGAAACUAGCUCAGUUACAAAAGGCUCGAAAUAAGAGGUCAUUGGCGUUAAGAAAAAGGGCUUCUUUAGGUAAUAUUCAAAGGAAGAUGUCUUUAGUAUCCGAUGUUAGUUCUGAUUUUGGUCCAAACACCUCUUCGGCACGGUCAUUAUCACCGGAACCGGAAGAAAGGGUAUCGGUGUGGAAAGGGGAUAGGGAAAUAUUGGAAAUGGAUUUACGGAGGGGACUGACAGAACGUGCAACGAUGAGAAUAAAAAGUACGACCGCAGCUUUGGAGCGUGUGACUGGCUUCGGAGAGGAUAACGAGUUCCAGCGUACUGUUGGAAGACACGAAGAAUUUCCAUUACACGUAACAGAUGACUACGGCCUCCACCCAAAAAUAGUGCAGAGGAUUCGAAUAUCUCCACAGCUAAGCAAUGUGAUACAAACUGACAUCAAAGUGAGAAUGGGUCGGCCGAGAUAUCACGAGAUUCGGGUCAGGGACAUGGAGAUUUGGAAUCGAGGUCAGAGACUUGACCGCGGUCACACUAACCUUAAGGUUUUUAACUGGUUACAUAGUCUACGUGAGGACCUCUUUGAAAAAGACAUAGAAUCUACAUCGGAUACAAAUGUACCUUCUCGCCAUGAAAAACUGGGAAUUCUUCACGUGGAGUCGGCGGACGAGCCGGACGUCAAGCCUCUGUACCUGAAAACGUUUAGAUAA